UAGUGAUACCCUCGUCUCGUCCGUGAUUAAACAACUCCGGGGUAAACCGCGGUUGAAUAUAUUCCUUCUUCAAGGACGGACGUGAGGAAAUCGCCACCAUGACAACCGGAAGCGUGGCGUGAUAUUCCGGGUUUCGGCGUUAUUCGGGGACUUGAUAACAAGGUGAAGUCGAAGUAGAAGGUGGGGGCGGGGAAGGAAGCGCGAGGGGCGUUCCGGAACCGGAAAUGGCCACAAGGCUGCUUCUGUUGGCGGUCUUCGUCGCCUGUGCCAGUGCCCUUCCUGAUUUCAUUAGGAUAGGCGGGUUGUUUCAUCCGGUGGACGACAAGCAGGAGGUGGCGUUUCGUUACGCUGUGGAAAAGAUAAACGCGAACAGGGAGAUCCUGCCUCGUCCUCGACUCAGCGCUCAGAUUGAGCAGAUAUCACCGCAGGACAGUUUUCAUGCUUCGAAACGGGUCUGUCAUCUCCUGAAGAACGGAGUCGCUGCGAUAUUCGGACCCCAAAGUCCCCAUACAGCAUCCCACGUCCAGAGCAUAUGCGACACGAUGGAAAUUCCGCAUCUCGAAACCCGAUGGGAUUAUCGACUGCGGCGAGAAAGUUGCCUCGUUAAUCUUUACCCCCAUCCAACAACCCUCUCAAAGGCGUACGUCGAUCUCGUAAAGGCCUGGGGAUGGAAAAGCUUCACGAUCAUAUACGAAAACAACGAAGGACUCGUCAGGCUUCAGGAACUCCUCAAGGCCCACGGACCCAGCGAAUUCCCGAUCGCCGUUCGGCAGCUUGGCGAAGGCCUGGAUUACAGGCCGCUUCUAAAGCAGAUCAAGAACUCGGCCGAGUCUCACAUAGUCCUUGACUGUUCUACGGACAGGAUAUACGAGGUCCUGAAGCAGGCGCAGCAGAUCGGGAUGAUGAGUGACUACCACAGCUACCUCAUAACAUCUCUGGACCUGCAUAGCGUUGACCUGGAAGAAUUCAAGUAUGGCGGUACCAAUAUUACUGCCUUCCGAUUGGUUGACCCGGAAAAGCCGGAGCUUCAGCAGGUCGUCCGUGAUUGGAUCUACGGCGAGCAGCGUUAUGGCCGAAAGCUCGACUUGGGUCAAAACACUAAUAAGGACAACCUGACAUUCAUAAAGACGGAAACCGCCCUGAUGUACGACGCCGUUCAUCUUUUUGCUAAGGCUCUCCACGACCUCGACACCUCACAGCAAAUCGACAUAAAACCUCUGUCAUGUGAGUCGGUCGAUACUUGGCCGCAUGGUUACUCGCUGAUUAAUUACAUGAAGAUCGUCGAAAUGCGUGGUCUGACUGGAGUCAUCAAGUUCGAUCACCAGGGCUUCAGAUCCGACUUUGUCCUCGAUAUUAUCGAGCUCAACAGCAAAGAGGGUCUGAAGAAAAUCGGCACGUGGAACAGCACCGAGGGUGUCAACUUCACCAGGACCUACGGUGACGUCUAUACUCAGAUCGUGGAAAGCCUACAGAACAAGACAUUCGUCGUGACAACGAUAUUGAGCUCUCCAUACUGCAUGAGGAAGGAUUCCAGUGAAAAGUUGACCGGAAACGCGCAGUUCGAAGGGUACGGGAUCGACUUGAUACACGAGAUAUCUCGUAUACUUGGAUUCAAUUACACCUUCAGACUGGUUCCUGACGGGCGGUACGGCUCUCUGAAUAGAGAAACGAAGGAAUGGGACGGGAUGAUGAAGGAGCUUCUCGACCAGAAGGCCGAUCUCGCCAUUGCCGAUUUGACAAUUACCUACGACCGCGAACAGGCGGUUGACUUCACAAUGCCUUUCAUGAACCUCGGGAUAAGUAUACUCUACCGAAAACCGAUCAAGCAGCCACCGAACCUGUUUUCGUUCCUGAGUCCGUUGAGUCUUGACGUGUGGAUCUACAUGGCGACAGCUUACCUUGGAGUAUCAGUACUGCUUUUCAUACUAGCCAGGUUCAGCCCUUACGAGUGGGAGAAUCCGCACCCCUGCAACGCGCAAUCCGAGGUCCUCGAGAACGAGUUCACGCUCCUGAACUCGCUCUGGUUCACCAUCGGCUCGCUCAUGCAGCAAGGCUCUGAUAUAGCUCCAAAGGCAGUAUCGACGCGAAUGGUCGCCGGGAUGUGGUGGUUCUUCACCUUAAUUAUGAUAUCAUCGUACACAGCGAAUCUGGCGGCUUUCCUGACGGUAGAACGAAUGGAUUCGCCGAUAGAAAGUGCGGAGGACUUAGCCAAGCAGACGAAAAUCAAAUACGGUGCUCUUAGGGGCGGAAGCACUGCUGCCUUCUUCAGGGAUUCGAACUUCUCGACUUACCAGAGGAUGUGGUCCUUCAUGGAAUCCGCGAGACCAACGGUCUUCACGACGAGCAACGUCGAGGGUGUGGACAGGGUGGUCAAGGGCAAGGGUAGCUACGCAUUCCUGAUGGAAUCCACUUCGAUCGAGUACGUAAUCGAGAGGAACUGCGAGCUGACGCAGGUUGGUGGUCUGCUGGACUCCAAGGGAUACGGAAUCGCCAUGCCACCAAAUUCACCCUACAGAACAGCGAUAAGCGGAGCCGUCCUCAAACUUCAAGAGGAGGGCAAACUACACAUACUCAAGACCAGGUGGUGGAAGGAAAAACGUGGCGGCGGAUCUUGCAGGGACGACACGUCCAAGAGCAGUUCAGCGGCUAACGAACUCGGCCUGGCAAACGUCGGUGGAGUCUUCGUCGUUCUGAUGGGGGGAAUGGGGGUCGCCUGUGUGAUAGCGGUCUGCGAGUUCGUGUGGAAGAGCCGGAAGGUCGCCGUCGAGGAACGGAAGCAGAAAUCAUCCGGCAAACCUAUCUGCGAAGGUUUCACUGAUCUCCACUAGCUGCAUGUCGGGCGAUAUCUACACUUCGAAAACAGAAUCGAAAACGAUCUGAAACGAAUGACACGUUGAAUAAUGAGACACGGAACGAGAUGAGAGGAGAGAUUGAAAUUGAGGGAAAGAAGGCUAAGAAAAUUAUGGUGAAAUAGACGACGUGUGACAGACGGCGAUUGUUUUCCACCUAUUUAUGCUAAUCGUUUCACGGCUAAGCCGUUCUCGUGUGAUUACCGCGGACCUAAAUGAAGAAGAACUCCAUCGAAUCACUACGACGAUGAUAAUUAAUAAAUAAUAAGCAAACACUGAAAGCUACGACCUAACACUUGACCUCUUCACAAUCUCACAUUUCAUUUAAACG